AUGAAAUUGGACUUUCCUCAAGACAUCGCCCGUGAUUAUGAAAAAUUACUUCAACAUGGGCGUAACUCUGAUGUUAUUAUUCGUGCUGGUGAAGGACAAAACUUUAAAGAGUUUCGAGCACAUUCACUUAUAUUGAACGCACGUUCAACUUAUUUCUGCGCCGCUUUAUCUGCUAAAUGGGCCAAAAAAGAAGGCGAUUGCUUCAUUUCUAUGAUGCCAAAUAUUCCACCAUGUUUAUUUGAAAUUAUUAUAAGAUAUAUAUACACUACUGAAAUUAUUUUAAAUAACUUGAGCGAUCUUGAGACUUUACAACUUUUGGUUGCUGCUGAUGAAUUACUUCUUCAAGAUUUUAUUGAUAGGUUAUUACCUUUUAUACAUCAAAAGCUAGAAGAAUUUAUGAGGAAUGAUGCAAUUAGCAUUUUGCAAUUUGUUUUUAAAUAUAAUGCUUGUAAACCACUCCGUGACACUUGCUUUCAUAUUAUAUGCUCUUAUCCUGAAAUAUUAUUUGAACAUCAAAAAUUUACAGAGUUAGAAAAAUCCCUUCUUAUUCUUAUAAUGCAACGGGAUGAUCUGGGUAAUUUAACGGAAAUGGAAAUUUGGAAUUAUUUAAUCAAAUGGGGUACUGCUCAAGAUCCUGCGCUUCAAAAUAAAGUGCUUGAAACUUGGGAGGAAAAUGAAUUUUCCGUUUUAAAAAAUAUCAUUGUUGAUUUUAUUCCUUUAAUUCGCUGGAAUAACAUUUCUUCGGCUGAAUUUUGGAAGAAAAGAUCCUUUUUCCAAAAUGUCUUAUCAAAAGAAUUGUAUCAAGAUAUAUUGGCUUAUUAUCUUGACUCUACCACGCCACCUGCAAAAACUGUAAUGUUAAAAUCAAGAACUAAACCUGUUAAUCAGGAUACAAAAAAAUUUGAUGAGGCUUCAUACGCGGAUCUUGCUAAAAUUAACGAAAUGUUACUUCAAGAUGAUCCAAAUUACGAUGUCAUCAUUCGGGCUGGUGAUAAUCAAAAUUUAAAAGAAUUUCACGCUCAUUCCCUCAUCUUGAACGCUCGUUCUCCUGAUUUUUUUGGUGCUUCUAAUUAUGUUGAAAAAGAUGGAAAAUUUUCAAUUUUUACAUUUGAAAAUAUUUCCGUGAAUACUUUUGAAACUAUUUUAAGGUAUUUAUAUACCGCUAAAAUUACUUUAGAUGACUUGGAAAUCUUGAAACUUUUCGUAGCAGUCAAUGAAUUAAAUCUUAAAGAUUUUAUUGAUAAAGUAAUCCUUUUUAUGCAUCAAGAUCUUGAGAGUUUUAUGAAACAUGAUUCUGUUGAUGUAUUGAAAAUAGCUUUUCAAUAUGAUUCUUGUGAAUCAUUACGCAACAUGUGUCUUCAGUUUAUAUGUGCUUCACCUGAAUCAUUAUUUGAACAUCAAAAGUUUGUUCAAUUAGAUCAAUCCAUUCUUACACUUAUAUUAAAACGUGAUGAUCUGGGAAAAUUAAAUGAAAUUGAUAUUUGGAAUUAUUUAGUAAAAUGGGGUAUUGCUAAAAAUCAAUCAAUUCUUCAAAACGAGGACAUGAAAACAUGGAAAGAUGAUGAUUACAAUAUAUUAAAAAAGAUUAUUGAUGAUUGCAUUCCUUUGAUUCGUUGGUUCCAAAUAUCUGGAAAAGAAUUUAGGAAAAAUAUUUCUUUUCUUGAAAACAUUUUAUCUACUGAGUUAUAUCAUAAUAUCCUAAAUUAUCAUUUGGAUCCUAGUUCACUACCUAAAGAAAUUACCAUUUUACCUCCAAGAUAUAAAUUAGAUCAUAUGCCUCAUAUUAGAUCUGAUCAAUUUAAUAUAAUCGCUAGUUGGAUUGAUAAGAAGGAUUUGGAAAAAGAUUCUCAAAACUUCUUAUCUGGACUAUUUCAAUCAAAUAAUACAUCUGAGCGAACAAUUUCAAAUGCAAAAUUAAAGGAUACAUUAUAUUAUAAUUCUAAUAAUAAUCCUUACGAUUUUAUCCCUUUAUAUUGUUCAAAAAGGGGUGGACCUAGUGAAUUUCAUAAAUUAUGUGAUCAUAAAGGUCCAACUGUGACAAUAGCAAAAAUACGUAUAAAUAAUUCUGAAUUAUGUUUGUUUGGUGGUUAUAAUAAUUUAGGUUGGAAACCUUAUUCUAACAAAAAAAAUCCAUAUUAUUCAUUUUCAAAAUCAAAUAAAAAUUUUUUAUUUUUAUUUGAAAACGAAAGUGAUCUUAGUACAACAAAAAUUGCUCGCGUUAAAAGAAAUAAUUCUGCUGUUGGAUAUUGCUCAGAUUAUGGUCCAAUAUUUGGCUCAAAAAAUUACUAUUAUUAUUUUGAUUCUAAACCAGUUUUAAGAAAAUGGUUAUCAAAAUGUAAAAGUAAAACUAAUUAUCCGGACUUUAAAAAUUUUUCAAAGUUACAAAGUGCUACUUGUUACACGAUCGAAGAUUAUGAUGUUUGGCAAGUAGUUAGAAAAAACACUUGA